GCUACUGCAAGCCCGUCCCAUGUACCAUCUGUGGCCACUGAGCUGUUUGCACCGUGCUUGGCAGGAUUUGUUGUCUCCACUGCAGACGAUAACAUUGCGGGAUAACCUUCCUUCGACUCGCCCCUUGUCUUUGGCAGGAGACGAAAGUUCCUCCAUCCCAUAACAGAUAGGAAUGAAAAACUCAAGAUUGGACCAGAAGAGCAAGAUCCGCAUUAUCCACUUCCAUAUUUCUAUAACCUCUAUGGGUCAAACACCAUGAUUGCAAACCUCGUCCUGCUGGCUCUCCCGCUGGUGGCCACUUAUUUGCUCACAACAUUAUGGCACCGCCGGUUCAGACAGUUUGCGAAUUUCCCCCAGCUUAAGCCAUCCUUUCUCUGGGGGCAUCUGAAAGUUAUUCAUGAGUACACCCUGAGGGGGCCGCCUAGGAUUCACCAUGAUACCGUCUUCGCCGAGAUGGCCAAGGAAUUGGGAAACCCGCCACUCAUGUUCUGUGAUCUCCGUCCCGCCAGCUACCCGAUGGUCGUGGUGACCAGCCACGAGGUGGCCGAGCAAAUCUCACGAGUCUCGAAAUUGUUCCCCUGGAGCACGCCCAAGUCCCCCACGCUGGGCGACCUGGUGCAGUUGAUUGGGCCCGAGUCCAUCUUGGUGAGGAAGAAUGAGGACUGGAAGCAGCUUAGAAAACGCUUUAACCCCGGGUUUGCGCCGCAGCAUCUCAUGACGCUUCUGCCCUGCAUUCUGGACAAGACGGACAUAUUCAUCAAGCAUCUCGACCGCUAUGCUAACUUGGGCGAUGAGUUCCCCCUGCUCAAGCUCACCAUCAACCUCACCUUCGACAUCAUCGGGGCCAUCACCAUGAACGUCGAUUUCAACGCGCAGCACUCCGAGUCGUCGAACCAGGGCGAGUUCAUCCGGCUGUACGACCAGCUGGUCAGCCUAUACAGAGGGGAUGAGAACCUACCGUGGUGGAUGUACCCGAGGCGCGAGUGGCACCGGCAUCGCCUUAGCGGCAAAAUCGACAGACAGCUCGAGGCCAUGAUUCAGGCGCACGCUGAGCAGCAACAGCAGCAGCAGAACGGCAAAGCCAAACCCCGCGACGUCCUGAGUCUCAGCCUGCAGGGUGGCGACCAACUCACAGCCAGGCUUCUAGCCGAGACCCGGGACCAGCUCAAAACCUUCCUCUUCGCCGGCCACGACACGACCGGCAUCCUGCUGGCCUGGCUCUUCUACGAGCUGUCCCGCUCGCCACAUGUACUCCAGGCGGUACGCGACGAGCUCGACGAACUCUUCGGCCCGGACCCGGACCCGGCGGCCGUGCGGGAGAAGCUGCUGGCUCCUAACGGGGACGAACUUAUCCAGCGCAUGACGUACACCACGGCCGUCAUCAAAGAAAUUCUUCGACUGUACCCCCCUGCGGGUACCGCGCGAAUGUCUCCUCCAAAUUCCGGGUGCACGGUGCGCACGCCUGACGGGCAGAGCUUCUGCCUGGACGGAGCCAUCAUCUACAACUGCGCAACCAUCAUACAGCGGGACAGGACCGUGUUCGGCGACACGGCAAACGACUUUGUCCCCGAGCGCUGGCUGGGUGACAAGGCGGGCAUCAUGAGCGCGGGCGCGCAGGACGAGGACGUAGAGCCUCGCGGCGGCGACGCUGGCGACAGAAAGUCAAUCCCGCCCGGAGCAUGGCGGCCAUUCGAACGCGGCCCGCGCAACUGCAUCGGGCAGGACCUUGCUACCAUCGAGGUUCGGGUAAUUGUGGCGGUUGUGGCGAGGGCCUUCGACUUUGUCAAGGUUGGCCUGGGAGAGCUUGACCUCGAUGAGAAAGGCCAGCCCGUUGUGAACGAAAAGGGGCAGUACAGGACCAAGUCCGAGAUGUACAAUGUAAGUGGUCCGGGUGAAGAGGCAGCCCGUGUGAAGAGGAGCAGUGGAUGCUGACUGUGUGUCCAAGAUUGCUCAGGUGACGG